AAAUCGCUAUGGUUGAUCGAUAAAUCGUGGUUAACAGACAACUCUAAGCACCACACGCGUCCCGGACUCCCGUCCCUUUUUCGGCCUUCGUCUACACGCUCUCAUAUCGUCGCCGAUCCGAGUUUUUCACUUUUCAUGGCGACUCCAGGCCAUCAAAAUCCUCCGACCAAUCAACCAUCUCUAGCUUCCAUUAAAUCCACUCUCAAAGCUUACGCUCUCCCUCUCGUUCUCCUCGCGGCCUCGGUUUUCUACCAGCUCGUCGUUUUGCCGCGUAGUUUUCCGCCGUCCUACUACGAUGCUUUGGGGAUUCCCAGGCACAGUUCUAUUGAAGAAGUGACUCAAGCAUAUGAAGAGAUUAUUUCCAAGUGGAAUUCGAGUGUUGAAGAAGUUCCUCAGACGGUCGAUCUUAUUAAGGUGCAAUAUGCUUAUGAGCUGCUGACAAAUCACUUGUUGAAGAGAGACUACGACAUAUAUAGUAUCGAUGAAUAUUCUCAUGUGCUUGAAAAGGCCAAAGAGCAGCAUUCUGGAAAACAUAUUACUGAAAUUGGCCGUCGACUGAUCGAUUCUGCUUAUUUUGAUCCAGAUCAAGAUCUUGGGUUGAUCACUGCUCAGAACUUUUUAUCCACAUUCGAAGAUGACAAAGCAUUGCUACUACAGAUAAUUUCACUAGGGAGCAAUCGUUGUGCAGAAUUUUCUAACGCGUGGAAGAGAGUUGUUAAUCUGCUGAAUGGGGUAGCAAAUACUGGAAUUGUUGAACUUGGUGAUGUUCAGCUUGCUGUACAUUUGGCUGAGAAAAAACCCAGUGGACAACCUUUCUUUAGAAGUGGGGUUCCAGCGCUUCUGGCUUUUCCACCUGGAUGUAAAAGUGCGAGUUGUCUUCAUAGGUAUGAUGGUGACCUGUCAGUUGAUUCAAUCACGGAUUGGUUGGCAACAAGCAUCCUAAGUCUACCUCGAAUCCCAUUUUACUCUAAGGAGUCCCUGGUGCAUAAUUUUCUGGUAAAGAGCAAGCCUCAUCUGGUUAAAGUUAUAUUCAUCUCAAAAACUGGAGAACGUGCUACCCCAUUCAUUCGUCAAGCUGCUAGGAGCUAUUCAUCAUAUGCUACUUUUGCCUUUGCUUUAUGGAAAGAGGAAGAAUCAAAAUACUGGUGGAAUAUGUUCGGUGUGGAGUCUGCUCCAGCAAUAGUAUUCAUGAAAGAUCCAGGAGUUCAACCUGUUGUUUACCAUGGACCAGUCAAUAGUUCGUUGUUCAUAGAUAUUAUGGAGAAGAACAAACAUUUUGUGCUUCCCCAGUUGAGAAAUUUGACUGCUAUGGAGUUGGGUUGUGAUGUCAAUGGUUAUUCGCGUGCGGGGACUGAUACCAAGAUUUGGUACUGUGCACUUGUUGCUGGAAGACCUAGUCAGGAACUCAAUAAAAUGCGUGAAACUAUGCGCAGAGUGCAAGAAACACUUUCAAAUGGUGAUGAGAUAGACACAGACGAUCAAGAACCUCAGCCAACACCAGCAGCAUUAGCACUAAAACAAAAGCGCCUGACAUUUGCCUGGCUCGAUGGGGAGGCACAGCAUCGCUAUUGUUUCUUCAACAUCCACUCAGAAGAUAGCUACGAGACAUGUGGAACAAGGAGGGGGAUAACCGAUGUAGCACAGCUGUUCAUUGUACGUUAUGAGAGGCAUCCUAACAAUGAAAAUUUGGAUACCCCAAAACAGCCAAACAAUAUUUUUCAUGCGUGGCAUCACCCUGAAUCUGAUCCAGUGUCCUCGCUAGUCGCAAAGUAUAAUGGCUCGACCGAAAUUUCAGAGAUCAUAAGAUGGGUGUCUCAAACAAUUAAAGAUGGCGACACAAGAGAGAUCCCUCCUUUUGACUCGUUCCAGUUUCCUUUUACNAACAAAAGCUCCAGAACUGGUGCCUGAGGAUCCACCCCAGCUCUGGUCACAGAGCUCCAAGAAGUUUGUUUCGUCGGGAAAAAGCACGAAACAAUUGAGUAAAAGCUUCAUAAACCUUUUAUCUGAUUACCUUGGUGACCCAAGAAUCGGCCCAUCAUUGCUUUUGGUAGCUCUCAUGUCUUCCGGUAUGAUUUGGCUAAACAGAAGCCGAAUGAUUCAAUCGAGCAACCAAAAUGAAUCUAAUCAACAAAAGAAGGAUGAGGAUAGACGAAGAAGGAGUCGAGCGAGGGAAAGUUCGAACAAACUGAUCCCACCUUCCAUGACUGAUGAGGAGCCAAAGGAUGCACGGCAAAUGGCAUUAUCAGACUCCGACUCUGAAUAGUUUUGAUAGUGUCCUUUUGGUUUUAGUUUGACGUAGAAAGAUUAGAAUAAACUUUGGUUGAAUCAAGAGAAGAGAUUUUCUGAACAGAUUAGAUUUACAUAUGAAAAUGAUGAUAAUUGACAAGUUGCAGACUUGCAGUAGGCUGAGGCUGAACUGUGCAUUUUGUUCUCGACAAGAAUCUUUUUCAGUAUAUAUUCAAGUAUAUUGCAAUUGGGCAUGCAAAAUAAAGUUAAGUUUGUGCUUGUGAUGGACGUGAAAUUUAUUUCUUACAUUCCAAAACUUAUUUUGUAAUUGCUUUGUUUGUUGUGGAGAGGGUGAAACUUUGUUUUCACUCGUGUGUUUUAGUCGACCAUGGUGGUUAGGCUAGAUCAUUUUGUAGCCUUUUGGUUAUGCCUUGUAUGAAUUUAAUUUGCUUGGGU